AUCCCAAUCGAAAUUGAAUUUGGAGACGGCAUCAUGAGAAUUUUUAGCAGAACAAUCAAUAAAGGAAUUGAAUUGAUUGAGGAAUUUGGAUGUGCUAUUGUGUUGGAAGUUGGCAAAUACUAAAAUUAACUAAAAAGUGAUGUAUUCCUCCAAUAUAGCAAAUAAUAACCACCACAACCACAAUUAUGUUUCUUUCUCUCUCUUUCUCUCCAACCAUUUUCUAAACAUAGCUUCCCUAAGAAAUAAACACACAGAAAAAAAUAGUUGUUUGUCUUUAAUCCUUCAUAACUUUUUUUCCAGAGAUAACAGAAACCGUGAAACAAUCAUAUGAUUUAAUGAUACCUAAAUUUCACAGAUCCAAAGAAAACAAAACAUACAUUUGAAGUAAGAUUAAAAAAACAUGGUAAUGACAUAAAAAAUGGUGAUGCAAUAGGCGGAGGCGGGUAAAAAGAAGAAGGUAGAAGACACGAAGGGCAUGGGAGACAGUCGUAGAGGACCAUCCUCAACACCACAAUCACGCAAGAUCAUGGUGAUCGCUGACCCGACCCGUGAAUCUGCAGCUGCUCUUCAAUACGCUCUUUCACACGCCGUGCUCGAGCAAGACGAGCUCAUCCUCGUCCAUGUUGAAAACAAUGGUGGCUCGUGGAAAAACGCAUUUUCAAGUUUCUUGAGAUUACCAAGCUCCUCCUCAUCCUCUAGCACAAGCGGGUCAUCACCGGGUGCUAAUAAUGCCAACGCUAAUAUUGCAAACACCGUUUCAUCUUUGGCCUCUGAGAUUGGUCAAGGGGAAGGGAAUUUCCUUGAACAGAUGAAACGGAUAUGUGAAAUUGCUCAGCCGAAGGUGCGUGUGCAGACAGAGUGUAUAACCAUGGAUGGCAUCAAAGCUGCCGCUAUUCUUCUUCAUGGAGACAAACUUGGGGUUGAAGUUAUCAUCAUUGGCCAACGCAGGACAAUCUCAUCUUCCCUUCUAGGAUCUAUGCGGCCUGGAGGGUCUCUAAUAGGAUCAAAAGGAGCAGAUACAGCAGACUAUCUAAUCGAGAACAGCAAAUGCACCUGUGUUGGCGUACAGAAGAAAGGUCAAAAUGGAGGCUAUGUUCUAAACACCAAGACCCAUAAGAACUUUUGGCUAUUGGCAUGAACUUUUGGCUAUUGGCAUGAUCAUGCACUUUUUUCCUAGACAGUUUUAUUGCUUACAUAUACGUAAAGUACAAAAAAGAUAAGUUUACCAGCCAUCUUCACUUGUUUAUUCUUUAUCUUUAAAUUCUGGCAAUGACGUUUUGUCCGAUAUUUCUAAUCCACAAAUGUUUAUGAAGGUUGAUGUGGUAGUAGUUCUGUAAGUGUACCCACUAGUUGAUCUUUUUUUAGACACAUGUGAAACUUUAAGUAAACUGUUCUGAAUGUAAUCACAUGUGGAGUGAUCAUCAGGUGCAAUAUGUUUCGUCCGUGAAUGAAAAAUAGGAUUAGUAUACAUUAAUUGAUGUUACAGCAACACGGAUAAAAUACACAACCGGUGCUUGAGGUAUUAAAAUUAAAAGUUCCGUUAACAAAGAAAGUAUCCAGCUUGCAUUUGCUACUAAGAGAUAUUUUGCUUCCACUGACGACAUGCAUCUUCAAUUUUCUUCUUUGAGGCUAUAAACAUUCACUGAAACAUAAUUAUCAAAGUAUGCUUUCCAAGUUACAUCUAAUUGAUAUUUUUGAAUAUGAUUACGAGAUAGGAAGAUCGGAACAUGUGUCACUGUUCCUGUUCCUGCAGGAAGAUAUAUGAUUAAUUGAUUGUUUGCUUAAAAGUUAAAACUGAUAUGUUGUGGAUCGAUUCAUGUACUUUGAAAGCUUAUUUACUGCAUACACAAUAUCUGGUCUUGAAAAGGACAAACAUUGGAGACUUCCAAUAUGUAUACUGUUUUUAAGAAUCAAAUAAUGUUUUACCAGAUGUGACUGUCAGCUUGGGAGACAAGGCAUCGGUGUGUUUAUUUGUUUGGCAUUUAUCUUAUUUGAAUAAUUAAGUUCACAAUGUAUUUUCUCUGCAUCAAUUGAAGUCAUUGUGAUGUCAUGGUCGCCAUAACUCCUAGGAAUUAAUGGGAAAACAAGUUGAAUAAGUUCAACGGGUUCUGAAGCAGAGAUGAGGUAUUUGCAGUUAAUCAACAUACACAAGCUAGAGUACGUGUACCAUGACAGAGAACAAAAAAAUGAAGGUAUUUGGAACAAACCCAAUCUGCACAAGAAUAGAAACAUUGAAUAGGCAGGGUGUUAGAGAUAGAUUACAUCACAAUGCCCAUCAGAUAAACCAAAUUUGGUCCAAUUAAUGAGGGCAAGUCAAAGGAAGUCAAGUCCGCCAGAGAGAAAAGAAAAGAAGCCCACUAUAAAUAAAAUAGAGCUAACUAAAAGAGAGCACAUUCACAUUCACUUAGAAGUCGGCCCAAGAAUUAGGCUUUUCAUAGUUUAACUUAUUCUUGCCGAGUUCGUAGCUUUUAAGGAUUUUAUCGUCUUUUUCUUGUAAAAAAAAAGUUAAUCUCUUAAUAAAUGUUUUUUACAUAACUCACCAUCGAAUUUGUGCUUUCAUCUUGAAAACUGUUAGAUUCGGGUUUAAUUAUGGGCUUCCAACUUAAAACCAAUUGGUGAUUAGUGGAUUGACUCUAACCCUUUAUAUAUUACUUAAUGUCCCUUAGAAUUUCCGAUGUGUGAUAUAUAUCCCUAAUACGUCUCCUCGAGAUGAUGGCUCUUAUCGGCCAAAAAUCUCGGAACUUUAGGACAUUUAUACUCGGUCGAGCGAGUUUAACACAACCUUUAUACUCGGUUGGAAGGGUUAAUCACGACCUUUAUACCCGGUCAGAAGGGUUAAUUUUAAUUUUAUUCAUGAGUUUAGGGUAUUUAGGAUCUGGGCUCUGAUACCAUGUUAGAUUCGGGUUUAACUAUGGGCUUCCAACUUAAAACCAAUUGGUGAUUAGUGGAUUGACCCUAACCCUUUAUAUAUUACUUAAUGUCCCUUAGAAUUCCCGAUGUGUGAUAUAUAUCCCUAAAAAAAACACCUAAUUCAGCUUAAACAGUUGGUAACGUCGUCUGUGGAGAAAGAGGAAGCAACACAAAGAAAUAUCAAAGAUGACCGGCAAAUAUAGCACUCAAACCGGUGACACCAUCAUUUCACUAGAUGCAGAUCUUGCCACCAUGAUGGGUAUGAUGCAGAGCCUUAUGGAGUGCUUUGAGAGACAAGACGCGUCAAACAAAGCAAUUAAUGAGCGAGUCGAUGAUCUAGCUGCUGCCAUAGACAACCCUGUGCCGAUGAACAAGAUCCUGACACUGCAAGGAGACAAUUGUUCAAAAAAACGUCAAUCCAACAGGUCAUAGAGCCGCAACAAAUCAAGUUGAUCAAGCAACAUCUCAAAAGAUCAACGUUCUACUGAACUUGAUACAUGAUAUCAACGUUCUACGGAAAGAUGUGGUUUACUGUCAGCUGUUCGGAGAGAGCCUUGGUUGACUGGUAUAUCAGGGUUUAUAGGUUGACCAUAAUAUAAGUUCGGUUUUAGAGUCUUUUGGUUUUUAGAGUAGUUUUGGUCUUUUUAGAGUCUUUACGAGCUAUUAUAGGUUCAUGUACGUUUUGAACAAGAUUUGAGUUUUGGGAUCAUUUUGGAGUUUUAAAGAGAAUUGGAGUUCAAAACUUGAAGUUGGAAUUGAUCUUAGGACAUAUUGUCAUCGACAACACCCCUUGCUGUUGGUCGACACCCAUCAUGAACAAAGUUACAAAUGAGUUUUUAUAAGUUUCAAGAAAUUGUAGGAAAGACCCAAAAUUUAUAAUUAUUUACAAAAAAGUCCAAAUCGGGUUUUGGACUAUAAUUAGGCUUUUAGAAGCUUUUGUAACAUUAUUAAAUUCGGUUUUAAUAUUUGGGGCAAUAGGUUUUGGAGAGAGAAAUCAUAACUCAUACCUUGUUGAGAGAAGAUCUUGAAUUCCUUUGUUAUUCUUACUUUUUUUUUAAUGCAAUUGAUUCAGACCAUGAUUUGUGUUUCUAUUAUUAUGUCUAAGUAAUACACUUUUUAGAUUUAUGAUUUUCCAAGGGUUAAUGAUGCAUUGUUAGAAUUGAUUGAAUUGUUAGGGUAAUCUAUUAGUUCUUCAUCUGAUUGACAUUAAUGAUAAUUCUUGAUUGAUCACCUGUAAUUUAGAUCUUGAGACAAUUGAUAGAUGCGAAAGUAUUAUUGAUUUCCUGAAUGAAUCUUGGAUAAGAAAAAUACAAAGGAUUUUGUGAACUUAUCAAACGUGUUCUUAAUGCUUGUUUUAAUUGAUUGAAUUUGCAAAGAGAUUUGAAAUUCAAGGAUUUAGACACAAAUAGUUUCUGCAAUGAAAAUUGAUUGAUUUGAACAUUGUGCUUUUAGUUCUAGAACAUUUCUUAAUUCCUGGAAAUUUAUCUGUCUGCGAUUCUGAAUUACGUGAGUCUAGCGCCUUUCUCUAAUAGUUACAACAUCUUUUAAUUAUGUUAUUUACUUGCUUACAUUCUACUUGUUUAGCUUAGUUUGAAACUAAAACCUAUUAAGUGGUUUUAGUUUAUGUGGAUUCGACCCCUGAGUACUACACUACACCUUUGAAAUUUCAGAGUUGCUCAUUAGGGAUAAUUUGAGCAUGUCAAAUUUUGACGAUGUUGCCAAGGACUUUGAUUCAAAAUUAGAUUAAUUUGAGCAUAACUUGAGUAAAUCAGGUGUAUGCAUUGCAGUACCAAGAGCAAGGAAACACAUCUUUUGAAUAUUUUGAAUAAGAAGUUAAGAGAGCAAGAACGAACCAACCAGGAAGCAAAAAAUUUGCAGAGAUGGUUGCUGCAGUGAUUAUAAUUGAUAAUGCUGAAGGAGUCCUACAAGACCAAGAUGGUCAUGCGCGCAACAAGGCAGGCCAGAAGAUUGAUGCACAAGGAAAUCCCUGGUUCAAGGGUAAAUUCGUGUAGGUACUUUGUUGGUACUACAGAACGUAAAGCAAGCGACUAACAAGCAAGAAAAGAGAUCAAAGGUAAUGUUUUAUUGAUCUUAGAGCCAGAACUACAAUAUUUAGUGUACAAACCCUAAUUCUAUCCACCUAGCUCUAAUAUUUGUGUCUUGAAUAGUCGAUAUCUUGUUCUAAGGUUUAGGUCCCCAUUAUAUAAGGUGUUCGUAGGCGGAAAUUAGGUUAGACACUUUAUAUUCUGAAACAUGGAAGAAUCCCUUUAAUAGAAGUUUUCCGUUUUACCCAGAGGCAGUGAUGGAGCCGAGUUUGAGCUGGGAUUUCUCUAUGCAUGAAUUUGAAGGUCGGCGCCCUGUUCGAAAACAGGAGUAAUAUCGUCCUAAAUUAUUAAUCCCCAACAGUUUGCCCCUUAUCUUUCGAUUUCGUGGGUGAAGCCGGGAUAUAACUGUGCACUUUGGGUAACCAGAGUCAUUUUAUCUCAGCAUGCUUAUCGUGAUUAUGAUGUCGAUUCGUUAAUGAAUUUUCUAGGUGGUUCUGGCCUGGACCAUGUAUAAAUACGGGAGUAGAGAUCUAGUCGUAGAUAGUUGAAGGAAGAUCUCCGUCAAAUAGGUGUUUUCAGGCUCGGAGCAUGAUGAGAUCAAUUAGUCUCAAAGGAUUUGCGAUCAUAUCCUCACAUUUCAGUGGAUGACGAGUUUCGUUUCUUGGCGCAGGGCCUUGAUGGUGUAUAGCCUUCUAGUAGUCUGAUUCGAGUGGCACAUGCCUUAUCAGAUGAAGGGAUCAUUGUAGUACUUCAAUGGGCCGGUACUUGAUCUCCAUGUUUUAGUCGACGGUUCCUGGUCUGGAACAAUUAUUAAAACAAUAAUACACCAACUCUUUGUUUAUGUUGUUCUAAUCAUAUUGUAAACAUAAAUAUUGAUUUGAAAGGGAUUCGUUUUAUAAAAAAAUAUUUAGAGAUAAAAUAGUUGAUAUUAAAAACCAUUAGUUUGUAAUACAAAUAGUUUUUUGUCGGGAAAUAUACUUAUUUGGUACGAUUGAUAUUAUUGAUUCGCUAUCAUUUUGUUAUUAUACAAUUUUAAUAUUCUUUUUCAGUUCCAAGGAAUUAGAAUGGACGUUUAUAUUAAUUAAUGUUUUUGAAUGUCAAAAAUAUGAAAUCAUUACAAAUAAACAGAAAAUAAGAGAAUUAUAGUAGAUAAUAAAUGAUUUAUUGGAAAAUGAAAAGGUAUAUCAACAAAAUGAAACUUCUUAUCAAUUAUUAAAAAAAAAAUCAAAAUUUUAAAUCAUAUUAACAUGGUAAUGUUUACCACAUUUGUGACAGAUUUCUUGAGUUCUUAUAAGUAGGACCCAGGUUUUUGAAUAUUAUUUUAGUGUUUUUAAUUUCCCAUGUGGAAGGGACACACGAUUGAUAUGUGAUGAGGUUAUUGCUUUAAUCUUCAAGCUUUAUAUGAGUAUAUCAUCUAGAGACAUAAACCUGCCUCGAGUUUGCCUUAAAUAAGUCUUGAAAUUCACAUAACUCGCACGAAGCUUCUCAUUCAAACAGUUUACAAUAAAUAUAUUGUAAAGCGAAAUACUCUCUGACGUCAACUCGCAGCAAAUGGAGUGAAAUUGCUUAAUUUGUUGAAUAAUAUGUUUACAGUCCACCAUUUGGGAGUGUAAGAAUUUAGGAGUGGAAAAAUGUUGACGCCUUAUCACGUCUGCUUUGUGAUUCUUCUCCAAUGAGAUCCACAAAACUUAUGAAGAUUUUCCCUAAUAUAAUGCAUAAAAAGGGUCGAUUAGUAGCCUAAUAUAACUCUUUUACAAAUAUAAUCACCAUGAAUCCACACAUAUACUUGCUAAAAUGAAGACAUCAGUAUUUCCAACAUUUUUAACUGGUUUGUCCUUAACAAGGUACUUAUCUAACUUCAAAUGCGCUAAAUAUAGUUUCAUCUCUCGUUGCCAAAUCCAAAAAAAAUUCCCGUCAAACUUCACGAGAAGUAUUGCAUCUAAAAUAUUACUUAGUUCAUGGUCCCUUAUCAAUUCUUUGGCCUUCGAAGUUGUUAAUAUUCAUUUGCACGAGGAAUAAGAAAAAUAACAUGUCACAUUUACAAUGAAGUUACAUAUUUCUGACACCAAUAAGAUUUUGUGUAUCCAAACGACAUAUGUAACUUAAACAUACCAUACGAUUCUGUGAAUACAAUAAAUUUUACAAUAAUAUUAUUCGAAAACAUACCAUAUGAUUUGACAUAAGAGUUGAGAACCAAACCGAUAUUAGAGGAUAACAACCUAACGAGUUUGAUUACGAUAACCAGGGGAUAAAUUAACACAAGCCGAGAUUAAAAAAAUGGUAAUUAAUAAUGGUUUACAGAAACUAAUUUCGCAAUUAGCCAUGUUAGCAAGUUUAGAAAGGCUAAUCCUAGAUAGAAUUGAGUCACUUUAGAGUCAUCAAUACAUUUCAUCUUUUCGAGAUCACAUUUAAUAGCCAAUCAAAUUAUAACUUUUUCAUUUAACCGUGUUCUCAAUUUAUUG